AUGUCCUCCUGCAACGAAGACCCCGCCGCCGCCGCCGCCAGCCGCGAAUGCGAUCCCUCCUCCCCAAUAACAAGAGAAAACCCUCUCCUCCGCGCCUCGAACCCUCUUGUCUCGGAUCUCGAGCAGGAAGUGCUGGACGAGUAUACCCGGCUCCUGGGGAACGUGAACAAGUUGUCGGAUAAACUGGCCGGUCUCGCGGGGGAUCCGACCUCGUUGACGCUUGAUGGGUUGCGGUUGCUGGAACGCAAGACUGCGACUGUGUGCACGUUGCUCAAGGCGAGUGUGUAUAGUAUUGUGUUGCAGCAGCAGAUGAUCAAUGAGAGUGAGGAGCAGCAGCAGCAGUAUGGGGAGCGACAGGAUGAGCAGUUCCAGGGUCAGGGGUUGGGUUAUGAGGGGGAUGUUAGUUUUACGGGGAGGUAUGCGUGA